AAAAUGCCCCAAAAACAACAGAGGACGUCGGCAGAAGCAAAACCUAGGCCAUUUUACUUCAGAUACAUCAUCCAGAAUGGUUUAACUUAGUGAUUUUUAUACCUACAUUGACCAUGUGAUGUACAUUUUUAUUAUAUCUUUUUUUAAAGAAUGGAAAUAUUUAUUUCAGAGGCCUUAUUUUUGAACAUUUUUAGUGUAACAAUGUUGGUCUGUAUUCUGAAAGCAUCAGCUCUAACAGCUAUGGACUGUUUUAGUAUCUUUACUUUUAUGUUUUUGAACACAGUAGUUCAUUUUCUGUAUCUGUAUCACAUGGUUAUAUAAUAGACUUGUGCUUUAUCCAUGGAAUGUAAUAUUUUUGGGAACACAGAUUUAUUCCAUCAGCGGUUGUAGAUUUAAAAACAAACAAACAAACAAACAACAAACAAUAAACCAACAAAAAAGUCCAUGUUACCUAGCAAACAAGGCAUGAACUAAAGGUAAAAAUGUUUACAGCUGACUUUUCUUAUGAGAAACUAGAAAACACUGUGUUUAAAUACCGUAGAUAUUUAAAUGUUUUUGGAAGUUAGUAACUGGUUUUUUAGACACUGCCUAUCGCAUGAACUGUGAAGCUGUGUGCUGUGUGUAGUUGUAACAUAUUUAUAAGACGUGUGGGCUGGGUCUAAGCACUGCCAUCUUCAUAAUGAGUUCCAACAAUUUAUUUUUAAAGAGGAAAACUAUAAAUUUCACAAUUUGGGAAGUUACCUGGUAGAGCAGAUGGCACAGGUCCAAAAGAAGUAGGUCUGAGUAGAUUUAGGUAUUGUAAAAAUUGGUGUUGAAUAAUUGAACACGAACAAUUGGAAUAAAGCCUACUUUAUCACUGUUAAAGCUGUUUUAAUACUUCUUAAACUUUUUUAAAGCAAAUACAUGUUUUAACACCUACAAUACUGAUUGUAUAGUGUUUGUGAUUAAAAUAAAAAAAAUAAUAAAAGUGAAUGAAUUACUAGUGCUCUUGUAUAGAGUAUUUUCAAGAGCUAAAGAAGUCCAUCCAAAUUAGUCUGCUGGUCAUAGUUAUAUUAAUAGACUGUUAGUUGUCGUUUGAAAGAUCCCGAGAUAAAGUGUGAAUAGGAUGUGUUCAGCUGUUUUAACAUGUAGUUUAGGCUUUCAAAAUUUUGCAUGUAGGAUUUAAUAAUUUGUUCAAUUAAAAAAAGAAAAGAAAGAAAUGCUUUCAACAUUUUGAACUGGAAAAGCAUGUCACACAAUACAACGUUUUCACUAUAUUGCCUCUGGUUUAGUGUGUUUAUUUGUUACCCCCAUGUGGCAAUUGCAGCAAGCUGAAGACCUGAAGUUGUUUUUGCUGGGAAAAACAACGUUGUGGAUUUUUCUGACCCCUCUUUGAAUUCUCUCAGAGGAAAGCACUCAAGUAAAAUGAAAGCAGAAGUAGAUCGUUAAAAAUAUGCAAGUUUGCUUUCCUGCUUAAUUACUAAGUUACUUAACUUUCCUGGAUUAACACUAAUAACUUCAUCAGUACAGAAGCGUGACCCUUUAAACAUGUGUUCCUUUCCAGGCACUGCUUCCUAAUUUUAGGGGUUUCAUGUUGCUGAAAGUAUCUGAACAAUCAUGUGUGGAUAUUUUGUAGUCAGAAGUAUUUGACCAAGCUCCAGGAGCGGCGUUUCACGCCCUGCUUUGAGCAUCACCAGAGCCAGCUGUCACCCUGGCUCCCUGCAGCAGUGCCAGAACCGUUCUGGCAGGAUCACCUAAACUUUGCCUCCGACCGACCUGGCUGAAGGCAGGCAAAAUGGAUCGCCGUGAAAUCACCUCGGAGCCUGACAAAACCCACCAAAAUCGCCUCUCCAGUGUCACCGAGGAGGAAGAAGAACAAGAUGCAGCUUACACGAUUGUGACGGUCCUGGACAAAGUGGCCAACAUUGUGGACAGCGUGCAGGCAAGCCAGAAAAGGAUAGAGGAGAGGCACAGGGAGAUGGAAAACACCAUCAAGACCAUACAGAUUGACAUCUUAAAGCUUGCCCAGGCACACGGCAACACAGGCUACACGGUGAACAAGUUACUGGAGAAAACCCGCAAAGUCAGCUCCGUUAUGAAGGAGGUGCGGGCACGCGUGGAGCAGCAGAGCACCAACGUGCGGAAGGUGGAAGCAAAACAAGAGGAGAUGCUGAAAAAAAACAAAUUCCGGGUCGUAAUCUAUCAGGAGGAAACUGAGUGUCCUUCAUCUCUCUCUGUUAUCAAAGAGAGGACAGCAGGGGAAACUCUGGAGGAUGAUUUCUUCCCACCUGAUGAUCUGUCUUCUGAUGAAGAAUAUUAUAUCGAAGAAGGCAAAGCUGCCCAGUUCAAGAAAUCAGGCAUGAGGCGCAUAGAUGAUAUCAAAAAGGCAUUCUCAAGGGAAAAUAUCCAAAAGACAAGACAAAAUUUUGGCAAGAAGGUAAACAGGCUUCGAACUAGAAUUGUGACCCCUGAGAGGAGAGAAAGGAUCAGGCAGUCAGGAGAGAGACUGAAACAAUCUGGGAUAAGGAUCAAGAAAACCAUUUCACAAGCUGCCCCAACGAAGGAGACAUUCAAGAUCCAUAAAAAAAGUAAAGAACGAACAGGAGCUGAAGGUCAGGAAGGGAUCCAGGAAGCUGGUGUGCACGUCGCCUCUGAGCUCGCAGCAGCAGAGCCUUUCACUGAAGAAAUCUCUUACACAGAAGUGAUCACUAAGGUAAAGAAAGACAAGAAUAGUGCAACAAAAGGUGCUUCCCAGACAACUGAAAAAGGAGUGACAAUCCCAGAAGUCGUUCUUAAGCAGGAAGGAAAAGAGGGAGGAGGAGGUGAUGAUGUCCCUUUGCUAGACUUACAGCAAUCGGCAUAUGGAAUCAAUUAGCAAACACCCCAUACUAUCCUUACUGAACAAGAAAGAACACAGUAUGUAUUCACUCAGCUUUAGAAAAAUGUGUGAAUUUGUGUUAUACCACAAAACAUGUGUUGGUGUUGUUCUAUCAUUUACAUGGGUGUCUACAGUGCUGUCUGCCUGACAAAAGCCAAGCCAUGCAAACUGAAUGAAGGGGCUCCCCCUCUGUCUUGCAAUGUGCCAAUAGCCGUUAUUAACCCAAAUGGAACUCGCAUGUCAAAGGGAAAUGGAAAUCUGCUGGAUUUUCAAGAUUGACUUAGCAGUCACUUACUGCUUAAUCACUCUCUUUAGUUUUACAUACAACGGGAUAAAAAUUAUUUCCAUUAUCUUAUACCAACUCCUGCAAUCAGAAACAGUAACAAAGCUAUUGCUUCAUAUUACUAAAUGAAAGAACUAUGGAAAAUGUCCAUUUAGCUAUACAAACCUUUACAUUUAAGGGCCCACAUUGAAACAGCAGGAGGAAGAAAUUCCUGCUUUAUCCAGGGUGUGACAAAAUGUGGCAGGAAUGAUAGGUUUUUGAGUAAACUGUGCUGCUUCUCAGUGGAAAAGAGAAGCUCCUGAAAUGACUAAAGAUUUUUUCUGGAGUUCUAAAAGAAGAAGGUUUGAUGUAUGUAAGCAAUGCAUUUUCUGCACUUACAGAGUAAGAAUAAAAAAGCAGAAGACACAUUAAAUAUGGUUAGCAGGAGGAAAAGAGAAUGAGGUAUCAUAUUCAUGUUUUCGAAAGAUGUGAUUGUGAGAAAGGCAAAGGUAUAAAGCAGUAAAAAAGGAAUAAGGUUAAUGCAUGGGUUCUGGAUAAAUAGAGAAAAAAUAGAAUAUUGUAACUGAAUAUAACUGAAGUUUCCUCAAGGUCUUUUAAAGGAUUGUUACUUUAUCCAGAGGAUCAUGGGGCUCAUGACCAUAACUGACCAGACAAGGGAAAUGGUUUGUUUUUCAUUCUCUGUGCUUUUUCUGAGCUUCACUGCAAUUAAAAUCUAUUCUACAAAGCCGCUGAAGUACAGGGCCAAUCUAUAACCCAAUUCUUUGUUUCCUAUCAUCAUUGUUAUCGACCAGCCACAGCCUCAGGGAUUAUGAGACAGACACCCUUUGGAGUAUGGAAUGCUGUUUAUUUGCAACACUCGGGAGCCAGUGCCCUGACAUCAGAUAUGUUUGUAAACAUGACCGCUACACUGACAUGAGGUGCAGGACUGUAUUGCUCUCUUCAUUCUCAAAUGGAGUUGCCUUCAAAGCACUUAUCUAAAGCAAUGUUAGUCAUUACUAUCUGUGUGAAAGAAACUUGUACAAUAUUGCCAAAAGCUGUACGAUUGUAUUUAUUAUCUCGAAUUCAUUUUAACAGCAGAGCAUACCUUGGUUAUCUAUAUACAUUGUCCGAGGACUCUCAGCUAAUUGUUAAUCUACAAUUUAAAUAUAACUAGUUUGAUUUCAAAUAUUCUGCCUGCCAGUUCUUUCAUUUAGCUCGGUGUACAUCACAUUUGAAGUGGGACAGCUUUAGCAAUAGUAACUAGGGACCAUUGGUUGGGGAAGGUCAACAUUAUACUGUGCAAGUGACAUUUCAAAUCAAUGUUGUCAGAUUGGAAGCAGCAACUCUACUGAAUGAAAGGGCAGGAUAGGGCAAGAGAGGGAGACAGAAAGAGGAAGACAUUUCUUUCAACAGUAAAUUGUACAUCUUCACUGUACUGUAAUUACAUGCAAAAAGGAAAAAAGGUUUUGCUUAUAGGAUAGACUAGAGGGUUUGGUUGGUUGGUUCUUUUACUAGUUAUAGGAAGUCUUUUCUGGAACCAGGCGACUAUAUGUUCUUCUUCCAGUUCUGUAUAAAACUAUCUGUAGCUGUCUUCAGUGAAA